CGCUUCACGCUUCACCGGGCCUCAUUGCCGAAAGGGAACGGAAAGGAAACGGCAGCUCGAACAGAGCCUUUAGCGUGUGUGACCCCUCGCGUCUAGUUCGCCAGCUCUCCUUCUACCGCCCCACCUCCACCGCCGCAAACACACGCACCCGUGUGGCAGUUCUUCAGCUCUUCCAUCGGAUUUUGGAUUUCAGUCGACGAUGAGCAGCGCUGAACCGCAGACGAAGAAAACGAAAAUGGCUUCGAGUUUGGAACAACUGAAACAGCUCACCACGAUCGUGGCCGACACCGGUGACUUCGAGGCGAUGAAAACGUACAAGCCGACCGACGCUACGACGAAUCCGUCGCUGAUUCUGUCCGCGGCCGGCAUGGAGCAGUACCAGCAUCUGAUCGAUAAGGCCAUCAAGCACGGACAGAAGGCGGGAACCACGCUGGACGAGCAGGUGUCCGAGGCGGCCGACAUGCUGUUCGUGCUGUUCGGGUGCGAAAUUCUGAAGCUGGUGCCGGGCCGCGUGUCGACCGAAAUCGAUGCCCGGCUGUCCUUCAACAAGGAAGCGUCGGUGGCGAAAGCCCUCAAGCUGAUCGCACUGUACGAGGAGCGCGGCAUCAAGCGGGACCGGGUGCUGAUCAAGCUCGCCUCCACCUGGGAGGGCAUCCAGGCGGCCAGUGUGCUGGAGAAGGAGCACAACAUCCACUGCAACCUGACGCUGCUGUUCUCGUUCGCGCAGGCAGUGGCCUGUGCCGAGGCGGGCGUCACCCUCAUCUCACCGUUCGUGGGCCGCAUUCUCGACUGGUACGUGGCCAACACGGAGCAGAAAGCGUUCGAGCCGGAGCAGGAUCCGGGCGUCGUGUCGGUGACCAAGAUCUACAACUACUACAAGAAGUUCGGCUACAAGACGGUCGUGAUGGGCGCGUCGUUCCGCAACGUGGGCGAGAUCAUGGCGCUGGCCGGGUGCGAUCUGCUCACGAUCAGCCCGAAGCUGCUCGGCGAGCUGGAGAAGAGUGCGGAACCGGUCAAGCGCUAUCUGGAUGCGGAGAAGGCGAAGGAGGUGCCACUGGAGAAGAUGCAGAUGGAUGAGGCCACGUUCCGCUGGAUGCUGAACGAGGACCAGAUGUCGACGGACAAGCUGUCGGACGGUAUUCGCAAGUUUGCGGCCGACGGUCGCAAGCUGGAAACGAUGCUGCGUGGUCUGCUGCAGUAAGGAGGGACUCUGGAGAGGGGUGCUCGGUACGGUAAAACCGGUGCCGGAGCCUCCUCACAAAGGUUAAGACGAAAAAGGUUCUUUAUGUUGUGUUUUGUCGUUGUUUUCUUCUGGAAUUAAAUGUGCUUAUAUUUUGAUAAAUA